AUGGUUGUGCUUUUCCAGCGUAAGACCUCGACCUUGAGCGACGAGUCCAAACGGUUCCUUGACUCGCUACCCCCGACGUUCAGCAACCAGCUCCGCAAGCAAAGACAAUUUCUACCGGUCUGGAGCUCGCACAAAUACUGCCUCGUGAUCAAGUCGACGUUUCUGAUCUACCGUCGAGCGGGCCAAACCAAACGCACCGGAAUGUCAGCAUUCUGGCAGCAAAACACGCCACGGUAUCUGAACUUGCAACACUGCGCAAUGGAGCUCAUCGACGACAACUCUGCUGGAUACACCAUCGGUCUCACGCUCAUGUCGAGCAGAAGCACCAUCUAUUUUGCUGCUGAUACGGAAAAAGACCGUGCUAAGUUUGUAGCACAAAUGGAUGCAGUACAACAACGUAUGCCAUCGCUGAAUGAAUUUACAACGCACAAGUUACUUGGUCGUGGUCACUAUGGACGUGUGGUCCUGGCUCACCACGUGGUGGAUCGGCAGCUGUACGCCAUCAAAGAAAUGAAGCUUGGCCAAGUGAGGACGAAAGUCGUGUUUGCCGAGCGAGCUGUCAUGGAAUGGGCCGGCGACCAUCCGUUCGUCAUGGGAUUGGAGUACGCCCUUGCACGGGGUCGCUCGGUGUUUCUCAUUUCUAAGUUCAUGCAAGGCGGUGAUCUCUUUUUGCACAUGCAAAAGAACGGUGGUACUUUUCAAGAAGAUGCCGUACGUUUUUACGCUGCUGAGCUAUUGCUGGCGCUUGAGCACAUGCACAAGAUGUGUAUUUUGCAUCGUGAUAUUAAACCUGAGAACGUCCUGCUGGAUAGCGAGGGUCACAUCAAGCUGGCUGAUAUGGGUCUAGCCAAACGGUUGGCAUCGCGAGCCGAACGUACCAAGACGGCGUGUGGAACGGACAUGUACUUGCCUCCUGAGAUGGCAGGGAGGCACCCAGGUGGUCAUGGUCUGUCGGUUGAUUUGUGGCAGUUUGGCUGCAUCCUCUUUGAGCUGUACACUGGGUAUCCACCCUUCUUCCUGCCUCAGUCGAGUCGAAAAAGCCUACGCCAACGCAUCUUGUACCAGCCAGUACGCUUCCCAACUGACAUGUCGUCCGAGCUCAAGAGUUUAGUGACGGCGUUGCUGGAAAAGCGUCAGGAAGACCGGCUUGGCUAUGAUGCUGGAAUCAGCGACAUCAAAGCUCACGAGUUCUUUGCUGGACUCGAUUGGGACUUGGUCUACCAGCGUCAGCUUGAGCCGCCACUUGUUCCGGGACCUCCUGGUAAAGAGCUGGUUGCAAAUUUCGACGUGCAAUUUACCGAUCAGCCGCACACAAUCUACGCACCGGAAGAGAUUGCGAGCUGCUUUGAGCGUGACUUUGUUGGCUUUGACUAUGUGCGACCUUUGCCAUCCAGUGGAGCGAUGACCGGUAGUCGAACGGCAGUGUCGUCAGCUUCUUCUUCUAGUCGUGCAAGCACCGUCAAGGAUGUGCGUGAAAGUAUCGAGUGUAGCUUUGGACCUGCAAAUCACGAGUAG